ACUGUCGUAAAAGGGGGCGGAGCGCCCUGCGCUCCGAGCUGACGUAGCGCGGGGGGCGCGUCGCUUGGGCCGGCGAGCGGCGGGGCGCGGCCGUCAUGGAGCGCUAUGCUGGCGCUUUCGAGGAGGCGGUAGACGGGACGCGGCAGCAGGAGCGGCACUAUCAGCUGCUGUCCGCGCUGCAGAGCCUGGUCAAGGAGCUGCCCAGCUCUUUCCAACAGCGCCUGUCGUACACCACGCUCAGUGACCUGGCCCUGGCGCUCCUCGAUGGCACCGUGUUCGAGAUCGUGCAGGGGCUGCUGGAGAUCCAGCACCUCACCGAGAAGAGCCUGUACAACCAGCGCCUGCGGCUGCAGAACGAGCACCGAGUGCUCAGGCAAGCGCUGCGACAGAAGCACCAGGAAGCCCAGCAGGCCUGCCGACCCCACAAUUUGCUCGUGCUCCAGGCAGCUCAGCAGCGUGAGCAGGAGGCAGUGGAGCACCGGAUCCGCGAGGAGCAGCGAGCAAUGGACCAAAAGAUCGUCCUGGAGCUGGACCGGAAGGUGGCAGACCAGCAGAGCACGCUGGAGAAGGCAGGGGUUGCUGGCUUCUACGUGACCACCAAUCCGCAGGAGCUGACGCUACAGAUGAACCUCUUGGAACUCAUCCGGAAGCUGCAGCAAAGGGGCUGCCAGGCAGGGAAGGCAGCCCUGUGACCAGUGGGUCCCUGCCAGUCACCCACUGCCCAUCCUGCCUGGAAAGACAGCCCUGCCCCACUGUCACUACAGGAGCAGAAAGCCGAGGAACUUGGAUUCCUGACAUCUAGCCACCACCUUCCCAGGUGCCUGCAGGAAGCGUCACCCUCUGAGAGGCAAGGUGGACCCUGGCUGUGUCUGCCACCCACUUCUGUCUGGGUUUUUAUGUCUAAAGCUAGGGUGGUAUAAAGCGGGGAGUGGACCCAGCCUGCUGGCUGUCUGCCCCAGAGCUGGGCGGAGGGUGGGGAUAGAGGUCUGAGGGCCUUGUCCCUCUACCAAGCACAUCCCAACCUCUGCCAAGCGCCAGGCUUCGUGCUCAUUCUGGUCUCAGCCCCUCCCUGGGCAGGUGCAGCCCCCAAGUGGGAGAGGCUCCAAGGCCUAAGGGCUGUGUGACCCAGAGAAAUAAAGAUGCCUCAGUAUGG